AUGGCGACACUCGAGCAGGAGCUGCUGGCCGACUUUGCCGACUCGGGCGACGAGGAUGUCGCCGACCUGGAGAACGACUUUGGCGGCGGAGAGUCGCCCGAGGCCGUGGGCGCCGACGAGGACAUGGCCGACGAGGAGGCCGAGUACGCGGCGGGCCACGACGGCAGCAGCAAGCAGAAGGGCCCCGUCGACAUCCGCGGGGCGCAGGCGCUGAUGGGCAGGCUCGCGCCGGUGCUGGCCCAGAUCGAGCAGGUGCGCGACCGCAUGGAGGAGGCGCUCGACGGCGAGUCGAUCGAGGACAACCCCGAGUACCAGCUGCUCAAGGAGGCCAACGAGCUGUCGACGCAGAUCGACGGCGAGGUGGCGGCGGUGCACAAGUUCGUGCGCGACCACUACUCGCUGCGCUUCCCCUACCUCGAGGAGCUGAUCAAGAACCCCGUCGACUACGCCAAGACGGUCGCCAUCCUGCAGAACGGCCCGCUCGACGACAUCAAGUCCAUUGCCCAGCGCGCGGAUAACGUCGUCGGCGUGCCGCUGAAGAGCAUCCUCGACGCGCCCUCGCUGAUGGUCGUGACGGUCGAGGCCACGCGCGCCCAGGGCCGCGACCUCGACCGCGCCGAGCUCGACAUGAUCGUCGCCGCCUGCACCCUGCUGCUCGCCCUCACCGCCGCCAAGGCCACCCUCACCGACUACGUCCAGUCGCGCAUGGCCGUCUUCGCCCCGAACCUGACCCAGCUCGUCGGCUCCCUGACGGCCGCCCAGUUCAUCAACUACGCCGGCGGGCUGGCUGGCCUUGCCAAGACGCCCGCCUGCAACAUCCCCCCGCUCGGCUCCAACAAGGCCAGCGGGCUGGGGCUCUCGACCAACGUCGGCAUCCGCCACCAGGGCUUCCUCUACCACAGCCCCAUCCUGCAGACGAUCCGCCAGGACCUCAAGAAGCAGGCCAUGCGCAUCGUCGCCGCCAAGGUCAUCCUCGCCGCCCGCGUCGACAUGGUCCACCAGUCCCCCGACGGCGCCACAGGUCAGCAAUUAAAAGAUGAGUGCGAGCGCCGUCUCGACAAGCUCACCGAACCCCCGCCCAACAAGGGUGUGCGCGCCCUGCCCGCCCCAGACGACAAGCCCAGCCGCAAGCGUGGCGGCCGCCGAGCCCGCAAGGCCAAGGAAGCCACCGCUAUGACCGAGAUCCGCAAAGCCCAGAACAGAAUGGCUUUCGGCAAAGAGGAGAAGGAAGUCGGCUACGGCGACUCGGUGAAAGGCAUGGGCAUGAUCGGCGCCGGCGACACAGGACGCAUCCGCGCACAGCAAAUCGACCCCAAGACGCGCGCCAAACUCUCCAAGAAAACCCCCGGCUGGGGCGCAGACACCACCCUCGGCGCCGCCUCGUCACUCAAGGGCUUCGGCGCCGGAGGCACCGCCACCAGUCUGCGCGCCCAGGGGCUCAGGACAGGCGGUGUCGGCCUCGGCGGCAACGGAACGAGCUCCAUUGCGUUUACCCCCGUGCAGGGCCUCGAGCUCGUCGACCCUAAGGCCAAGGAGGAGAUGAAUCGCAAGCGCAAGGCCGACGAGGAUCGCUGGUUCAAGGGCGGCAGCUUUACGCAGUUGGGCGCCUCGUCAAAGGUCGAUGCUGGUGGGUUCAAGGUCCCCGCCCUGCCGAAUAAGAAACCCAGGACGUGACGUGGCGUGGCGUUGAGUCGAUACGAUGCGACGGGUUGGGAAAAAGCAUUUCACUGGCGUUUGGCGGGCGCUGCAUAUACGGCGCGUUUGCAUCGGGUGGCGUUUUUGUGUGUCCAUGGAUGGAUACCUAUCGGAUUGUAUUAUAUAUCCGAGAUUGGGAGAAAAAUAUUCUAUUUUCUUUGCACGGCGGGGGAGUUGUUUAAUAGCACUUUUGUGAACUCAACGAGAUUGAAUAAAUAAUACCCCAACUUC